GCCUAUGUUGACAGGUGACACUUACCCGGUGAAUGAUCUCUUUUUGCCGCUGCCACAAUAAAAGGGCUUAGACAGUGCUUAUUGGCAGCAUUCGCUCUGGUGUUAGCCCAGAGCACAGUGCACUACUCCACGGGUAGUUGGAUUUCUUCACUGACGUAUAGCGUUUACGCCAAGAUGUCCAUGGUCCGAAGAUCCAGUAUGGACAGAAUGUCCUCGAGCAUGACAUCCAGCAUGACUGGUAUGGGUCUUGGUGGUAUAACCGGAUUGACAUCAGGGAUGAGCACCUUGAGCUGCAUGAGGGAGCAGCAGAUGACUAUUGGUGGAAUGCCAUCAAAUUACGUACCGGGUUUAUCGGCUUACUACAACAUUUCAAGCUUUUGUCAGCGCCCAGGGCAAACCCGCCGCUGGCCCAUGCAGCGCGCCGGACCAACAGCUCAGCAUCGCCCUGGUCGCUCCCAUAGCACCGGCGCGUUGCAUCGCAUGAAGCAUUCUAUGAGAAAUAGCCCUAAUACGCAGUAUACUCAUAAUCUAAUCUGUAAAAUGGCUGAUCAGAAUGAACGGCGUCGACGUCAAGAUACGUUAGAUAUGAUCCCUCAAAGUUAUUACUCUCAACAACCUUUGAAAGUGGAGUUAACUGAGUUUUACUCACGUGACAAUUCCAAAGAUCACCACACAGAGCAGUAUGAUUUGGUAAAUGAUAAUAUUUUACCCAAUCCCGUUUUGCGAAGAGGUCAAAAUUUCUUCUUUGCGGUACGCUUCGAUAGAACCUACGAUAAGCAACAGGAUAUGAUUCGUGUUGUGUUUUGUUUUGGUCCUAAACCUAGUGUUACGAAGGGUACACGCGUCGUGUUACCUGUCAAUUGGAAUGCACAACAGGGAGUAUUUCAACAUUCCCGUGACAUGAUGGGUAUGGGAAUGGGAUUGGGAAUGGCACGUAUGCAAGAUACUAGUACUGGUAUGGCUACUAUGGGAACAAUGAGCACUAUGGGAACUAUGGGUUCUAUGGGUCCAAUGGGUUCAAUGGGUCCAAUGAGUGGAAUGAGGGAAACAACUACAUAUGGGGUUCGUCGUAGUUCGUUUAGUAAUGAACCACUACCCUUGCAGCAUAGCCCUCUCAGUCCGCAUGGUCCCAUGGAUCGGCCAAUGAUGGAUCGGUAUGGAACUACAACGCAACAUUCUUCAUUCGGACGUGGUUUUGGGUCACGUCAUGGGUCACGUCAUGGCUCAAUGCAAAAUUUGGCGUCUUUAGCUCACGAUAUGGAUAGGUGGGAUAUCAGUAUUCAACGACAAGAUGGGAACACCAUUACCUUCCAAGUGCAUGUUCCUGCCACUGCUCCCGUCGGUGUAUGGAAUUGUUGGGUACAGACUAACCGAUUUGGCCAGCGUGACAAUCGCCACGACUACAAAUGCGAUGAAGAUGUAUACAUCUUGUUCAACCCAUGGUGUCGAGAGGAUUCCGUAUACAUGGACAAUGAAUCAUCCCGAAAAGAAUACGUUCUUAAUGAGCAAGGAAAGAUUUGGUGCGGUACUUGGCGCCAACCAAAAGGCAGAAAAUGGAUCUAUGGCCAAUUUGAUGACGUGGUCCUCCCAGCUUGUAUGUAUUUGCUGGAAAGAAGUGGUUUGGAACAUUCAGAACGUGGUAAUCCAAUUCGUGUUUGCAGAGCUAUUUCCUCCAUGAUUAAUUCAAAUCAUGAUGAUGAUGGUUUAAUGGUUGGACGUUAUGAUGGAGAAUACAAAGAUGGAGUAGCCCCGCAUGCUUGGACUGGAUCAGUGGCUAUUAUGGAGCGCUACCUUACCGAUGGCGGUCGUCCAGUUGAAUAUGGCCAAUGCUGGGUAUUUUCGGGAUUGGUUGUAACAAUAUGCAGAGCUCUAGGUAUACCGUGCCGUUCUGUGACUAACUACGUUUCGGCUCACGAUACCAAUCGCACUUUUACGGUGGACAAAUACUUUGAUCGUGAUGGCAACGAAGUACCUAAUGGACCCGAUGAAGACUGCUAUGACUCUUGCUGGAACUUCCACGUUUGGAAUGAUGUAUGGAUGCAACGACCUGAUUUACCACAAGGAUAUAGUGGCUGGCAGAUUAUUGACUCUACGCCCCAGGAAGAGUCAGAGUCAGUGUAUCACUGCGGACCUGCCAGCGUGGAAGCUGUACGGCGCGGAGAAGUAGGCUUCCAAUAUGAUACACCAUUCAUGUUCUGCCAGCUCAAUGCUGAAUUAUGCCACUUCCAAGAGGAAGAAAAUUCAGAGUGGGGCUUUAUCAGAAUGGCAUCCAAUCAGUACCAAGUGGGUCGCAAGAUUCUGACAAAGAAUCCAAACCGCGAUGAUGAUGAAGGUGAAAGCGAUAUGUUGGAGAUUACUCACGAAUAUAAGACUGUGGAUAGCUCAUCUCCUGAACGACUUGCGGUUAUUGCAUCAUGUCGUGGUUACCAACGCUUGCAGCAGUAUUAUGAAUAUCCUGAUCGUAAUUUCGAGGAUGUAUACUUUGAUCUCAUGGAUAUCGACAUCGUACCAUAUGGCCAACCUUUCGAUUGUACUAUGAACAUUCAGAAUAAAUCGCAUGAGGACCGUACCAUCUGGUGCGUGUUGACGGCGUCAUCGUGUUAUUACACCGGCGCGAUUGCGUCCCGCCUCCGAAGAGCUCAAGGAGAGUUCAUAGUGCGAGCUGGUCAGCGCGAAGUUCUAAAAUUGCAUAUCACACCUCAGGAGUACAUGGAUAAAUUAGUGGAUCAUUCUAUGGUAAAAGUACAUGCUAUGGCUUACGUGAAGCAGACGCGCCAGGCGUGGUCUGAUGAGGACGACUUCCCACUUCACAAGCCCAGGAUGCAAGUGCAGGUGAGAAGCCAGCCUUGCGUUGGACAAGAAUGCGCUGUAACAUUCAGCUUCCAGAAUCCGCUGAACAUUCAUUUGACUGACUGCUACUUUACGUUCGAGGGCGCUGGCGUUCAGAGGCCACGUCAGAUAAGGUUCCGGGAUGUGAAGCCUGGUGAGUUCGUGAAUUACCAGGACAAGUUCGUACCGCGGCGUCAUGGCGAGCGACGUAUCGUUGUGACAUUCUCGUCACGGCAGAUGGACGAGAUCUUCGGCUGUACAACGGUGAAUGUGCGCGGCUAGCUAGUCCCCGGGCCCCGAGUGCCGUCUCCGCGCGCCUCUCCGGGGCCGUCAUCGCCGCCUGCGCAGCAAAUGGACCGCUCGUAUACUUCAUACGUAGCACCGGAACAACAUGUGUAUGUUCAAGAAGAGGAAGUCGUUGUUUUGAAAACUAUUUGAACGACUCAUUUGCACAUAAUUAUCUAUGUUAGCUUUAAAUUAUGUGAGAAAACAUGUUUUUUCUCUGAUUGCUGUGUUGAAUAUACAAAUGUUGACUUUCUUAGGUACAUCUAUUGUAUUUUUAAUAUUAUUAUAAUAAUGACAUGGCAUUAUAAUUAAAGGACUGGUUUAUAUUUAAGUUUUAUAUAAGUGUGUCACGUGCACUAUGCAAAUAUGUAAAAGUAAAAAAAAAAAAUCUCACUGUGUGAUUUGAUUGCACUUAAUUAUUUAAUAUUUUUUUAUUUAAGUUAAGGAAACCGAUGCUUCGUGUGCCAUAUAAUCUGAUAUUAUAUUAAUGUUUUUAUAAGAUUGUAGAAUUAAGGACUUCUUAAACAUAAGUAUAUUUAAGAAAUUAUGCGUUCAUUAUAUUUGUUUACAUUUUUUUAUCAUUAUUAUGAAAUUAUAUACCUAAUUAUUCAAUGAUCUAUAAUCAAAGGUUUGCACUGUGUUUGUGUGUUUUUGGGAUCUCAAAAAUAAAAUGCAU